AUGAAUGUUGAGCCUAGCAGGGCCUCAACUGCUUCAUAUGUGCGUCUAGUAAAACUAUAUACCCGUAGCCUUGAAAGGUGUGCCAAAAUAGGAAGUAUGUUUCCAUCUGCUACGAUAGUUUCUAUGUGCCUGAAAUGUGCUAAAAUACUCGAAACUCUCAAAUUAUCACAUUCCGGACAUACACCGGCUUCUUUUUGUGAGGCCCACACGGUGGACGAUGCCUGCGGUGUCCAAGAUUCAUAUGCAGUUGCCAGGCCUUUAUAUGAUUUUCUAUUCAAGUUGUUAGAGAUUGCAUCUCAGGUGAGCGAUAGUGAACAUGCAAGAAUGCAAUUGAAGGGUAUAUUAGAUAACAGGGAAAACAGAUCAGCAUCAGAAAUUAGAGACAAUCUGCAGCGUAUAUUAUCCUUACCUCAACAGCCAUGUGCGCCUCCUACAGAGGCGAUAUGCAUUGCAUUAUUGGCUACUAAAGAUAUCAAUCAAAUGGCUUUUCAAAUUGAACAGAAUUUCGAUCAACAAAUGGCAGACCUCUAUACACUGAUGCGCGCCGGCAAGGCCACCUCUACUGAGGUUGAGGACUUUCUUAAUGGAGAACGCAACCACUCUAAUUUCCGGUUUUAUAUACUUUUAUGCACGUACAUAAGCACGGCGGGAUUGACUGUCAAAAUCAAUCAACGAACCGGGACUUUGGUGCAGUGGAAGACCGCCCUGAUUGAUGCAGCAAUCAAUAAUGACCCCGAACAGGUAUACGCGCACCACGACAAGCUAUUUCAACAGAGCCAAGAGUGGAUAGAUCUGGCUGCCAAUGGGGGGUCACACAAAGAUCAUGUCAAGCUGUCGUCUUUCAAUUUAACUGCCUUGAUGGCCGCUGCGUGGUAUGGUCACAUCGAGUGUGUAAAGCUUCUCUUGGCGGAAAUGGGCCUGCAGGACAAGCUGGGGUAUACCGCGCUAAUGAUGGCUGCACAGAAUGGAAGCGUAGACGCAGCCCUACUCCUUCUGGCAGAGGCAGGGUUUUCUGAUGAGUCUGGGUUUACGGCACUGAUGGCUGCUGCCUCCAACGGGCACACAGAGAUUGUAGCUAUGCUGGCAAGCAGGGAGUCUCGCAUGCAAAACAAGGAUGGGUCGACCGCCCUAAUGCUAGCAACAUCCAGGAACAAUAUCGACGCAGCACGGAUUCUUGCAGAAUAUGAGGCAGGGAUGUGUGAUAACGACGGCAUGACUGCUCUGAUGAUAGCAUCUGCUAAUGGCUGUCUCCAAAUUGUCGGGCUCUUAUACCCAAAAGAAAUAGGGCAUCGUGACAAGUCUGGCUGGACAGCAAUGAUAUGGGCUGCCCAGCGAUGUGCAUAUUGGUGUAUGAAGCUCCUUCUCCCUUAUGAAGGAGAGAUCAAGGAUAACACGGGAAAGAGCCCAAUGGAUCAUGUAAUAUGUUCCUCUCAUGGAAAGCCUUUAGACAAACAACGGUGUCUUUUUCUUCUCGUCUAA